GCUACCAAGUCCGCUGUGAUCCGCACGUCCACGUUCUCUCUGGACUAUUUCUCCUUCUGCAACCACACUCUGAAACGACCUUGUAUUGCCUCCAUUCAUGGAAGCAGACCAUACGUGCAAUCAUGUCUAACUCGCAAGCGACCAACAAUGAUACUUUCGGCGAGCAGGACCAUCGAGGCGAUGCUGACAUUGAUAAGAAGCCGAAGAAUAGGAGACCAGCAAAUACUGCUUUCCGUCAACAACGUCUAAAGGCCUGGCAUGUCUUGCCUCUUUUCUUUGCUGUUGGGGUCAUUUUCGCGCCUAUUGGCGGAGUAUUGCUGUGGGCGAGCUCGAGAGUUCAAGAACUGACGAUCGAUUAUUCGGACUGCAAGGAUCUCAGACUGAAUGCGGAUGCAGCUCCUAUUCCGGACAAUAAGUUUGAUUAUUCCUUCAAAUCCUCACCUCCCCAACCUCCAUCGUGGCAACGCCUUGAGGAUGACAAUGGAAACCAACUCUGUCAACUGUCGUUUAACGUUCCCGAAUCCAUGGGCCCGCCUGUUUUCAUGUACUACCGCCUUACCAACUUCUAUCAAAAUCAUCGAAGAUAUGUCAAGUCUCUUGACAUUGACCAGUUGAAGGGAAAGGCUGUCAAGAACAGUACGAUCAAUGGAGGCGCGUGUGAUCCGCUCAGACUCGAUGAAAAUGGCAAGGCAUACUACCCCUGUGGCCUAAUCGCGAAUUCCAUGUUCAAUGACACGAUAUCUAGCCCUGUUUUCUUGAACGAUGAAGACGGCGAAACAUACGACAUGACGGAUAAGGGUAUCGCCUGGGAUAGUGACAAGGAGCUUAUCAAGAAAACUGAGUAUAAGCCAGGCGAAGUUGUUCCUCCGCCAAACUGGCGCGAACGUUUUCCUGAUAACUACGAGAACGAAAUUCCCAACCUCCACGAGGAUGAGGCGUUUAUGGUGUGGAUGAGAACAGCUGCUCUUCCUACAUUUAGCAAGCUAUCUCGAAGGAAUGACACUACAGCCAUGGCAGCCGGCCGUUAUCAAUUGAACAUCACAGAUCCUUUCCCAGUCACGGACUACGGUGGUACAAAGUCCAUCCUGAUCUCUACUCGGACUGUUUUGGGAGGCCAGAACCCUUUUAUGGGAAUCGCGUAUGUUGUUGUUGGAGGUGUUUGCGUCCUUCUUGGAGCACUUUUCACGAUUGCGCACCUAGUUCGCCCAAGGAAAUUGGGCGAUCAUACGUAUUUAACUUGGAACAAUGAGCAGGAAACGACUGCUGUUGCGACAGGACGAGACCACUCAAGCUAA